UCUGGUAGUGCACAAAGUAUGUUACAUUGACUUCCGUUUUAUGUUCUUUGGAAUUCCGGUUUGUAUCAUCAACAAGAAGGGACGCGUAGGAAGAAAAUGGGUGACAAUCAAUACGGAAAUUACAAUUCGAGUGGUACAGCGUACGGUGGUUAUGCUGGCUAUUCACAGCCGGCUCCAGCGGGAGGUGCUGCUGGAGCUGCAAGUGCUCCUACUCCAAAUUAUCCAUCAACGCAAAGCUAUGACCAAAGUGGUUAUAAUCAGCAGGGGUCGUGGGGACAGCAACAAGGUUAUGGCAGCUAUGGUUCAACUGGUGACCAGACAUAUUCACAGCAAGGAGGCAGUUACCCCUCUUAUGAUCAUUCAUCUGGCUAUGGAUCAGGACAGCAGCAGCAUCAUCAAGGAGGCUAUCAGUCAAAUUACCCAACACAGCCACCACCUUAUGGUGACCAGAGCAGUGGAGGUGGUGGUGGGGGUGGUAGUGGCAGUAGUGGUGGUGGUCAGUAUUCAGGGUAUAGUCAGCAGGGAUCCGGUGGAGGAUACGGACAGCAGUCAGGUGGUUACGGAGGACAGCAGGGUGGUUAUGGCAGCCAAGGUUAUGGGGGUCAUUCUGGAGGUGGUUAUGGCAGUAGUGGGUCUGGUGGAGGCAGGGGUGGCAGUGGUGGUGGCUAUGGCAGUGGCAGCAGGGGUGGUUUUAACAAAGGUUACGGGGAUCGGGGUGAUAUGAUUACACAAGAAGACACAGUAUUUGUGUCAGGAAUGUCACCUGCUUUGACUGAAGAUGACAUUCAGCAACAUUUUGGUGCCAUUGGUGUUAUCAAAAUGGAUAGGAGGUCAGGAAAGCCAAAGAUCUGGAUGUAUAAGGACAAGAUUACUGGAAAACCAAAGGGAGAGGCUACUGUUACAUAUGAUGAUGCCAAUGCUGCAAGAUCAGCAAUAGAUUGGUUUGAUGGAAAAGACUUCAAGGGAUCCAUUAUUAAAGUACAGAUGGCACAGCAUAAGAACAAUUAUGUUGGUGGACGUGGAGGACGUGGGGGUGGCCGUGGGGGUGGUGGUGGUGGUGGCGGCGGCGGCAUGGAUAGAGGAGGUCGUGGAGGAGGAAGGGACAAUGUUCGUGUUGAGAGUAGUGGAGGUUUUGGUCGUGAUGGAGACUGGAAGUGCCCCAAUCCAGAAUGUGGCAACACAAAUUUCUCAUGGAGAACUGAAUGCAAUCGCUGUAACCAAGAGCGACCUGAAGGGGUGGGAGGUGGAGACCAACCUGGUCGUGGGGGGCGUGGAGGUCGCGGAAUGGACAGAGGAGGUUUCCGUGGCAGAGGUGGUGGAGACCGAGGUGGCAGAGGCUUUUCCCGUGGGGGAAUGGAUAGAGGUGGACGGGGACGUGGUGGUCCUAUGCGUGGUGGAGGUGAUCGUGGGCGUGACAGGCCUAAGCCAUACUAAACCCAUUGUUGAUGUUGGUGUUUAGUGGAAGGAAAAGCAGUAUGCAGUGGCAAGUAAAAAACCACACCAGCAUAUAUUAUGCUAAGCAAGAGACUGUGUCUACCAAACAUUUCAACUUUUUUUAAUACCUAUAUCCUUUUGUAUCAGAAUGCACUUGAAGUCCAUCAAUUCUCUCUGUAAUGUGUAAAAUGUAUAUUUUGUGUGUUAUAGUUUCUUUAUAAACAUUAAUGACUUUGUGAUGAUUUGAAUUUAGAUAACAAAUAAAACUGCACCCUCAUCUUAACA